UCAUUUUAGCUGUUCCGUCAGAUCGUGCACGACUACGAACAGUCAUCAUCACCGCGGCUGGGGUUGACUGAUUGGGAGCCUCUUCUAUCUGCAAGGAGAAAAAAGAACUAUUGCCUCGCUAUAACAAGAAAAAAGUGUGUCAGCCGCGGUAUAGUUUGCGUAAAUUAAGUGAAUGGGGUACGGAUUAAAGUGUUAAGCUUAGAAUAGUUAGAGAAACGUACGGUGUUGAGGCCGCCGUUUGACCGGAAGUAGUUUUUUCCGAGUUUGCACUUAUAGACGGUUCGAAGUUUUGGUUAUAAGGUAGCUGGUUUUUUUUCUCUUCACAUAAGCCGCCCCCGGAAAGUUGAAGGAGUUUCACCGAUUUGAUAGAUAGUGCUUGUGUAAAAAAGAGAGUGAUAGUGCCGUGGUGGAGAAAAAUUGCUGUGUGCUCGAUUGUUUUCUAUGUUUAGCCGAUAUUCCCGCUGGCCUGUUUAAUGUGUGUCGCUGUCCCCUGGAUUAAAACUAUAGAGGAGCUAUUAACUCUUAGGAUUACAGUGUAGCAUCAACGACACUGCGUCAAAAUUCCACACUAGGAGUAGCUACGGAUGAGAAGCACUGAACCAAAAUGAUUCUACUUGAGAUCAAUAACCGGAUUGUGGAGGAAACCCUAACUGUCAAAUACAAGAAUGCUAUUGCUGGCAACAAAGCGGAAUCCAUUGAUGUCACUGUGGCAGACUUCGACGGGGUAUUGUUUCACAUUUCCAACGUAAACGGCGACAAAACAAAAGUGCGAAUCAGCAUAUCGCUGAAGUUCUAUAAACAGCUGCAAGAACACGGGGCGGACGAGCUGCUGAAACGAGAAUAUGGAGACCUGCUUAUCACGCCGGAGGAUGGCUAUAAUGUUUCGGUACUGGUCGACCUGGAAAAUAUUCCCGCAAACUGGGAAGAAACCGUGCGGAAGAUUGGUCUCUUGAAGCGAAAUUGCUUCGCAUCGGUAUUUGAGAAAUACUUCGACUUUCAGACGCAGGGCGAGGUCGAAGGACAGAAGCGAGCGGUGAUAAACUACCGAAACGAUGAAACGAUGUACGUGGAGGCAAAGUCGGACCGGGUGACAGUCGUAUUCAGUACGAUAUUCCGGGACGAGGACGAUGUAGUGUUAGGCAAAGUGUUCAUGCAGGAACUGCGAGAGGGAAGGAGGGCAUCACACACGGCACCACAAGUACUGUUCUCCCAUCGGGAACCUCCGCUAGAGCUUGCAAACACGGGUGCUAGAGUAGGCGAAAACAUCGGAUAUGUUACGUUUGUACUCUUUCCGAGGCAUACUUCGAAGGAAACGCGGGAUAACACGAUCAAUUUAAUCCAUAUGUUCCGUGAUUACUUGCACUAUCACAUCAAGUGUUCGAAGGCGUACAUCCACUCUAGAAUGCGAGCAAAGACAUCGGAAUUCUUAAAGGUGCUCAACCGUGCUCGUCCAGAGCCGAAAAAUACGGAAAAGAAAACAAUCACUGGCCGAACAUUCAUAAGAAAAGAAUGAUUUUGGAACUCGUCUUAGUUAUUAAAUGUGUAAGUAAAAAAUUAUUAAUAAUGAAAAGCAAAAAAAAACCAAGCCAGACAUAUAGCGAUUGUAUCAAAAAGGAAGGAAUGAAUGAACAAGCGAACAAGUGCUUUCCGUUGUGCAUAUAUUUUGAAGAGUACUGGGGUAACUUGUAGAUGAGAGCAUACUUUUGCAUCAAAUAUUACGAAUAAUGAAAACUAAGCAUUUAAAGGAAGAAAAAAAAGAUAAAAACAAGUUUGAAAACGCAACAUGUAUUUGUAUGCAUUCUGAAAUACUAAUUAGGAACUUUAGCAGUAAAUUCCUUGAUCGCCGCUGCCAACAACAAAAGAAUUACAGUUAUUAUAAAACUAACUAUAAUAAAUCCAUUUUUAAUGAAAUUUAAAUAUUUUAUUUAAAUAAAGAAACAAAUUGCAAUUAACUUCGAAUGAAUGCAUAAUGGACAGACACUACUAAAAUAUUGAAGUACACAAAAGCAAUCAAGCGGAAGUACGCGACGAAACCUGCAGAAGAGUAUGUCAAACAAUGUGAGUAAGAAGAGCAAACGUAGAGGAUUGUUUUUGGGAUACUACCUAUUAUCGCAUCAACGUUUUAUACUCCUGGUGACUGCAAAGAUGGGUAUUGAAAUUACUGGUGCAAAGGAUAGGUUUUUGAUACCAAUGUAGUGUCGUUGUAAUCUAAGAAAUAAUCCAUGAAAUGUGUCGCACAAUUCGGAGAUUAUAGACGAACCCAAAAAAAAAAAAAAAAAAACAAAACCGUGAAAAAUUUAUUGAAAAGUCCAAUCCCCAAACUCUAGUGUAAAGCAGUAAUUAAUGAUUAGGGAACGAAUUACACAAAGAACUACCGCAUAGGAUGGUUGUUCAUCACUUUGUGGAAACUAGUUUAUUCGAAAACCGUGUGAAGAGCGAGAGAAUCGUUUCCGUUUCCUAGCAUUACCCUGUGGACUGAUGCACUUGUCCGUUAGCUAAUCUAGAUUUUCUAAAUUAAUUUCCCGGUAUUCCGAUAGAAGAUUUUCCGAAAAUGAUGUUCAUACCAUGAAAAUACAAACGUUGUUUAUGGAGUACUCAGUUACAAUGUUUAAACGCAAACUUGUGAGAAAUCAGCGCGCAGUUUAUUUUGGCUCUUAACCGAACAAGUUAGCGCUAUAAAGUAAUUAGAAAUCGCGCGACUAUAAUGCUGUUUCAACCUAACAAACGAAACUUGGCGGUACGUUUGUACCCUGUCAUAACAACUACGCGGCCGCUGUGAGGUGAUAAAAAUCGACACUGCGAUCACCGCGGUAACCCAUUGAAACUAAUAAACUGAAACGUGUAAAAUAUAA